AUGAGCCAACAAAUUCCUUUUAUUCAAAAGAAACAACAUGUUUUAAAAGCUGCAGAUCUAUCACCAAAAGGAUCAGUCGAUACACUAUGUUUACCAAUAAUCAAUUUAAUUAACAAACAUGCUGAUAUGUUUACUACUUCUUCUUGUUCAGGAAGAUUAAGUGUUUUUGUUGAAGGUGAAAAAAUAAAAAGGAAACCUACUGAUUCAAAUAAUGAUGAUAGUGUUGUUAAACUUGGAGGUAAAGGUUUGGGUGGCGAUUGGCUAUUUAUUACACACGAUGUUAAUGAAGUGGAUAACUGGCUUGGAAAACUAUACGAAUCAUCGAGAUCCUUUACCCCAUAUAAACCGGAAGUUAAUGCCAAGAAUAAUUUAAGUGACGCUUCUUCUUCUACUUGCAAAAAUCAUGUCAUUAUACCACAUUCAAGUUCGGACCCAGAUUCAGCCUUUCCUCCAAUCGAAACCCAGAGACUUGUGCUAUACAAAUUUGAACCUUUUAUUCUACAUGUAAAAUGCAGAAACUUUGAAACAGCUUCAAAAUUGUAUAACGUUGCAAUGAGCUGUGGAUUUAGAGAAAGUGGAAUUGGUUCAAAUUUUAUUGUUGGUAUCAGGAUAAAUAUCAAACUGGAUUUGCCUAUAGGGUGUGCAUUUUUUGCUGGUGAUUCUGAGCAUAACAAUUUUAAAGAGACAAAACUUCAGUUACUUCUCGAUAAUUCAUAUAUUAAUAGCGUGCUAAACCCAAUAACAAAAAGCAAAUUCGAUGAAAACCUCAAAAAGAUAAACGAACUUUAUCAUGCGAUUGAAAAAGAAAUGUUUGUUGAUGUAAAUAAUGCUGAAAAUGCCGUAAAAGAAACUAAAACAGAACGUAGGGAAAGAAAAAGAAGAGAAGGCUUACAAAGACAGGCUCAAUUUAAACAGAACGAUGAUUUGAACAAAAAAUUAUUUGAAGAACGUAAAGAAAGAAAGAAGAGAGAAGCUUUGAUGAAAAAAAACUCACAGUCGAUUUAA